GUGUGUACAUAAUUCCCAGCGCACCACCAUCAAACCGGUGCUGCUGCUUCUUUUUCGGUUUCAGUUUCAGUUUACGUUUACUACUCCAUCGAUACGGGUUCGUUUCGUUUUACUGGGAGUGGAACCGUUCUGUUCACAAUCAUUGAAUAUAUUUUAAAUCUGACAGUUUUAUUUUGAACAAGCACCGGCAAAAACGUUAAAUACAUAAAUAUACUACGGGAAAAAUAAAUCAAAGUGAGUAAAUUGGAAUCGUGCUAUCAAAAUUGUGUCCUAAUGUGUUUGCGAUGAUGUACCUGAUAAAGACAUAAGAAGUGAAUUAGUAUUUGCCUGAUAAGACAAGCGUCCAUUGUCGCGACUGUUGCUGCAUGACCGGUGAGCAGCAGCCGAUCGGAAGACUCAGUUCCUGAUGAACCGCCAGUGACUUCGCACCUCUUUGCUAUCCCGUUCGAGUACUAGCUUCGAUACAGAAUGAAUCAGAUAUACCUAACAGCCGCGAUCGGAUUGCUGACGAUAUCCUUGUCAGUAACAUGUGCCAACAGUGAACUUCCGAAUGAAAUCAAAGAUCUCGACAUCGACAAGCUGAAGGAACACCUACCGGAGGGGCUGAUCCCACCAGAGUUCCAAAAUAUCACCCUGCCCAGUCUGGAGGACAUCCAGAAGAUAGUGAAGGAGAAAUGUUCGAAAGCAGCCGGCAGCGAUGCAGCCUUUGAACAGGCCGAACAAGCCGGCCAGCGGUUGGGCGAUUGCCUGAAAGAUCUUAUUGAUUUCAGUGAUCUCAAGCAGGAGAUAAAGAUAGCCAAACCGACGGGAGACUUGGAUACGGUUUUUAAUAAGUAUUGCCGAAGACGAUCUACAGCAAUCGAAUGCAUCAAUACUUUCUCGAAUGAUGUCGACGUUUGUUUGGAAGAUGACGAGCGAGAAAACAAACGAAUUUUGGUCAACAUCGUUCACGGGCUGUUGAACUUCAUUUGUCACAAGGAUGGCGAUCAAAUCGCCUUAUUCAUCGCCGAAGAAGGACCGGAAUGUUUCGAGGAACAGAAGCAGCCUUUGAUUGAUUGCUUCAACAGUACCCUCCGAGGGUACUUGGACGAACCAACGCCGAAGCUCUCCGAAGGAAUUCCUAAACUUGUGCUGGGUAAAAAACAAUGCGAUGAGAUGGACAACCUGAGGGAAUGCUUCGUCCGCGUGUUGGAGGACUGCAAAGAGUCAACGCCGGCGAAUUUAGCGGAGUCCCUGUUCAAAUUUGUCCGGAAAGAAACUCCAUGUGCCAACUUCACAACUCCCGCCCAAGCACAGCGGGGGAAUUCGGCUGAAUUCGCGAGAUCGUCUAUCCACGUGAUACUGAUCACUUGGUUGAUGGUGCUAGUAGCAAAGUUCAUAAUCCACUAAACACACACGCGGUGCCUGUAUAUACCCAGUACUUCGUGGGUAUCACAUGUGAUAGAAGAAGAAGUACAUAGAACGUUAAACACUUUCGCAGGCUUAGGGCUUUCUCGGAAAUUCGCCGUUUCUCGGCCAAAAACCAAAAAAUACCUGUAUGAUAUGAACCUUUUACUGUGCAGUCUGUAUUUUCGGGUGGUGAAUACUUGUUUACAGGCUCAAUUCGAAAUUGCGCUUUCAAAAAAAGAAAUAACGAUUAUUGAAUUUGGCAACUAUUUUUUAAAAUACUACAGUUUUUUCUAUGCCCAUGAUAGAUGAAUGCAAAAAACAUGAACUGUGUCAAUGAAUUAAUAUAAAUAUGGGAUCAUGAUUGCCAACCGAUAGACAAAGAAACCCGAUGUUGAAGUUUAUAUUAAACGAAAGUUUUCUUCAAUUUUUACUAUUAGCAAUAACUUUUUAAAAUCACAUUGUCGAAAACAGCGUAAAUUUUCACACCGUGUUCUGUAAGGUGAAUAGGUUGAAACGUGUAACAUGUCAUGUAAAAAGAAAAAAGAAUAUAAAUUACAACAGACAUAAAUUGAGAUAUUAAGAGAA